AUAUACAUCAUUUUUUAAAAUUUGGAGAGAGUGGGAGGCAAUCGAGGGAGUGGUUUUCACCGGUUACAGCGAUUUCCCUUUCCAAUUAUUAAAAAAUUCAAGGGUCAGGAUGAAUUUGUUUUAAUCGAAUGGCUGACAAUUAAUUGCAUAUUGUAUGCAACUCCCAAGGUAUUCUCUACCAUUAUUUAGUUCUCUCGUCUCCUUCUUUUGAAUGGAUCUGGAUCUCAAUCCCCAACUCUUCAUGGCCAAAUUUUGUUAGCUGUGUGGAGGGUGAAUUGGUGACAGACAAGAAACACGAGUUCCAGAUAAGAGAUAGUAGAUAGAGGUGCAAGUUUUUUACUACUCCGACAAUUCCGGAGCUGAGGAUCUUCUACUCCUUUCAUUGUCUUCUCUGCAAAAGAUCACCUGUAGGCUACAGCAGUUGACAAAAAAAAGACCCAAAAAAAAGAGGACAAAAAUAGAAUACAAAAAUGUUUGGUUGGGGCGACAUCGGUAAAAUAUUAUGUUCGGACGGUGUCAUAAAAACCUGCAAAGCUGGCUGGUCUCACGUUGGCUAUGUGAUUCACUAUAAGAAGAAUAUUCAAAAACUUGAAGAUGAAAUUGUAGGACUUGAUGAUGAGUGGAGAAGGAUCGACGGAAGUGCCCACAGAGCCAGAGACGAUGCAGGAGUCAUUGAGAAUGAUGUUUGGAAGUGGCUGAUGUCCGCAUAUGGGAUGAAAGCAGAAGUCGAGGUGUUUCUACUAGACAUGGUAAGGGAAAACAAGUCCUGCUUUAAUUGCUUGUGUCCAAAUAUUCAUUGGCGUUACCGGCUAGGCAAGGAGUCCAAAAAGAAGACUGCUUGUGUUAUUAUCCUAAAAGAGAAGGGCGCCAAGUUUAUGACAUGCCCAGUGUCACACCGCGCACCUCUCCCAGACGUUGGAUUCACAUUAUCUGCAAAUUAUGAAGCAUUUGAUUCAAGGAAACACAUCUUCGAGGAGAUCAUAAGAUCGUUGAAAGAUCCUAGCAUUAAAAUGAUUGGUAUUUACGGACCAGGCGGUGUUGGCAAGACGACAAUGGUGGAAGAGGUUCGCCAACUAGCAAAGAGAAAUGGGCUUUUUCAUUCCGUCGCAAUGACAACUGUGUCCAAAGCUGUGGAAAAGGAAAAAGUUCAAGGUGAACUGGCAAGUCAAUUGGGACUAAAGCUAGAUGAGUAUGGAAGAGCAGGUCAACUAUUGAAUAGACUGAGGAAUGGGCAAAAAACCCUUGUAAUAUUGGACGACGUUUGGGAGCCGCUUGACUUGGCAGAUAUUGGAAUUCCUACUACAGAUGGUGGUAACAAUGAGCCACUUAACUUGCCAGAUAUUGGAAUUCCUUUUACAACUGGUAGUGAUAUGGGCUGCAAAGUUGUGAUAACUACGCGGAAACAACGUGUGUGCAAAAUGAUGCAAAAGUCUAGUGAACUAAAAAAUUUCCCGAUUCAUGUGUUAACAAAGACAGAAGCAUGGAGCCUAUUUACGAAGGUGGCUGAAAUUUCUGUGGACUUUGAAAUCCCUUCUGAAGCAGAGGAAGUGUGUGACAAAUGUGGAGGCUUGCCAGUUGCUAUACGUGCAGUUGCAGCAGCAUUAAAAGGCAAGGGAAAACAUGCGUGGAAAGAUGCACUUCGACAACUUAAAAAUUACAAGAUAAAAGAAAUUGCGGAUAUCGAUCCAAAUUUGUUCGUCUCAUUAAAAUGGAGCUAUGAUCGUCUAGAGCCCAAGGAUGCACGGUCAUGCUUCUUGCUUUGCUCUUUGUUUAAGGAAGAUGCUGAGAUUUCAAUUGACGAAUUGGUGAGAUAUAGCAUUGGGAUGAGGUUACUUGAUCAAAACCUGAAUAUAUUUGAUGAAGUAAGAGAUAGAGUACUUGCAAUGGUUGAUGUCCUCAAAACAUCUUGUUUGGUGUUAGAUGGCAGAGAUGAAAGUGUGGUCAAAAUGCAUGAUAUUAUCCGGGAUGUCGCUAUAUCGAUCGCGGAAGAUGAGAAAAGAUAUCUAGUAAAACAUGGUAUCGAAAAGUGGCCAGAGAAAGGCAGAUAUGAACAUUACUCGGCAAUCUCAUUAAGGUUCACUGCAAAACUUCACGAGUUUCCUAAUGAGUUGGAAUGUAGAGGACUCCAUACAUUGGUGUUACAGUGCAGCAAUGACUCACCAACAGAUUUUCCAAACAAUUUUUUCAAUGGAAUGGAAAACAAUCUUGAAGUCCUAGAUCUGAGUCAAAUGCCUAUAAAGAGCCUCCCAUCAUCACUUCCAACAUUAGUUAAGCUUCGGAUGUUAUGUCUAAAUGGCGGCCGACUGAUGACAAAUAUAGCUUUAUUUGGGAGUUUAAGGAACCUUGAGAUACUUAAGCUUAAAGGUAUGAAAAAGGUUCUGUCUCACAGCGAAGAUGGAGCGGGAUUUUCUGAAUUACAGUUUCUAAAAUCUCAACCACAAAUUCUGCCAGGUUCUUUUUGUAACUUGUGUGAAUUGCGUGUUAAAAAUUGUCAAUUUAAAUUUCUCUUCACACACUCCAUUGCAAGAGGUCUUGAGCAACUCCAACGUCUAGAAAUAAGAGCCUGUAAGGAUAUGGAAGAAAUUAUUAGAAAUGAAAGACAGGGAGACGAGGAGGAAAUUAUUUUUCAUCAUUUAAAAAAAAUGGUGUUAGAUGGCUUACCCAACCUUAGAAGCUUCUAUUCGAGUAUGAAAAACACUUCAUCAACAGAGGCAAACAAUUCUAACCCUUCACGACCUCUCUUUUGUGAAAAGAUGGCAUUCCCUGCCUUGGAGGGCUUGACAAUCGAAUUUGUAAGAAACAUAUCAGGGAUAAUAGGGGACAAACAAUUAAAACUCCUAGUCCAACAAGAAGAGAAUGAAUCCUUUUGGAACCUGCCGCAUCUCCGAGAUCUACGUAUAACCAAUUGCUCCAAAUUGAAAGCAAUAGUAGUAGCUAAUAAGGAAGGAGGGCCCAACGAUAAGCCUCUCAUUUUUCGUGACCUGCAUUCUCUAUAUCUUUCUGAGUUGAACAAUCUGAAGAGUUUUUAUAGCAUUUGUGGAUCUAAAGUAGAAGAAGAAAUUUCCAAACCACAACCCCUCUUUAAUGAAAAGGUGGCAUUCCCUGCCUUGGAGUACUUGGAAAUUGAGUAUGUAGACAACAUAUCAGGGAUAAUAGGAGACAAACAAUUAAAACUCCCAGUCCAACAAGAAGAGAAUGAAUCCUUUUGGAACCUACCGCAUCUCCGAGAUCUACGUAUAUCCACAUGCUUGGAAUUGGAAGCAAUAGUUGUAACUAAUAAGGAAGGAGGGGCCCACAAUAAGCCUCUUAUUUUUCGUGACUUGCAUUCUCUAGAUCUUUUUGGUAUGAACAAUCUAAAGAGUUUCUACAGCAUUUGUGGAUCUAAAGCAGAAGAAGAAAUUUCCAAACCGCACCCCCUCUUUAAUGAAAAGGUUGUGUUUCCUUCCUUGGAAAAAUUGAGAAUUCAGAGACUGAGCAACUUUAAACAAAUAUGGAUUAGCACACCUCCAACCAACUCCUUUAAUAAACUAAGAAGUUUGUGUGUGGACUGGUGUGAAGAAUUACUAUAUGUUGCUCCAUUAGAACUACUUGGAAGUUUGCAGAAUCUACAAUCACUUGAGAUAAAUGAUUGUAAGUCCAUAGAAGAGAUAUUCAAAACCAGAGAAUCAAAUGCUGGGGAAGGAAUAGUUUCAAGAGAUAAAGCAACAAGCGAACAAGUUGAAAGUAUUCCCGUGCCCCCUCAGUUAAAAAGGGUUUCCAUUACAGAAUGUUCACACCUGGUAAGCUUUUGCUCUGGAUAUAAAUUGCCACCAUCGGUGCAAUUGUCAAUACAAGAAUCGCACUCCUUUUGACCCCUAAUGUGAGAGAGAAAAUCAAUAAAUCUUUCCAUUCCAAUGAAGAGGUAUGUCAUUCUCUUAUUUAUAGUCAUCCAAAGCCUUCAUAUUCAUUAUUAUUAACUUUGUCUAACACAUACUUACUGAUUAAUGUUAGUAAUGUACAAUAGUAAUUCGAAUUUGUAAUUUUAAUGGUGAAAUAUAAUUUGAAAGGGUUUCUACUAAUUUAUAGAAUUUGAAAUAGCACAAGAAUUAAAUUACAUGAAGUUCGGUGUUGGAGACUAGUUCGCACUAUAAUAUUGGCUGCCGACGCACCGAAGAAUUGUGAUUUUAGUGAUUUGCUAGAAGUGUUUGCUAAUUUUUCUGAACUUUACAUCACAUGAACUCAAGUAUGAGUGCCCAAUAUAAGUAUACGUUUAUAUCCAUAGACACUGAAUAGAUUUCAUAUGUUUCAAACAUUAAUAUUUAUAUUAUUCGAGUAAAAUGGUAUUUAAAAAUUAAUAUAGACCAGGUCUUAUGCAUAGUUAUAUAAUCAAAUCAAGGGAAAUGCUAGUUAAAUAUUUUUGAAGUAAAUGUUACAACUUUUUGUAACAAAUGUUACAUAAUUUGUUGGUGUAGUGUUAUGACAAAAUCUGAUUUUUAAAAUGAAAUUACAAUAAUUAUGAUACAGUUACAUAUUUUAUGGUAGUG